GCCGCCUCCUCUGCUGGAUGCGACCCCCUCCCUGUCUCAAGGACGGAGCUGGGACCCCCUGAGAUGGAGCCCAGAGUGAAGACGGAAGAGCCGGACUCAGCCUCGAAAGCCCCCUGCAACACCCAGGACCAGGAGCUCCGGGGAAGGACCAUGCUGGAGAGCUCCAGGGGCAGCAGCGCCCAGUGGGAGGAGGAGGAGCAGCGCCGGCGGCGUUUCCGGGCCUUUGGCUACCAGGAGGCCGAGGGCCCCCGCCAGGCUUGCAGCCGCCUCCACCGCCUUUGCCGCCAGUGGCUGGAGCCGGAAUGGCGGCCCAAGAAGCAGGUCUUGGACCUGGUGGUGCUGGAGCAGUUCCUGGCCGUCCUGCCCCCGGAGAUGGAGAGCUGGGUGCGGGAGUGCGGGCCGGAGAGCAGCGCCCAGGCCGUGGCCCUGGCGGAAGGCUUCCUCCUGAGCCAGGCGGAGGAGCGGCGGCAGGUGAGGGAGAGAUUCCCUCUGGGAGCUCCGCGGGGCAGAGACCUUAAAGAUCCCCCCCUCAUACACACAGUAUCUCCAAGGAAGGGGUGUCCCAUUCCCUGUCCCCCAUCACUGAACGACCCAGCGGAUAGUGGUUCUGAAUGUGUGGAUCUGGCCCCUCUUGGAGGCGUCACAAGACACUUGAAGGGUGGAUUUACUGGCCCCAAUCCUGGGAUCCUUCUGAGCCCUUCUGUCAAAGACCCGGCUGCACAGGGGAUGUCAGCCCAAGGGGCCGCGGAGGUUGUUGACCCCGUGAAGGCUCCACCGGGCACCAGACAGAGGCUGCUGUUCAGGGGGACCCUGCAGGAGGGGGACGGAGCUGUCUCCUCUCUGGGGAAUGGGAUGACACUCAGCAUUAGCAAGAGGACACAGGUGGCUCCUUCUCCUCCUCUUUGUGGUGGUCUGGACAGAGCAUCUGGGCAGACGGAACAGGCUCCGGUGACCAUUGAGGAGGUGGCUGUACGUUUCACGGAGGCGGAGGGGGCUCUGCUGGAUCCGGGCCAGAAGGCUCUGCACAGGGACGUCAUGGAGGAGAAUUAUGGGACUCUGGUCUCCCUGGGGCUUCCAGUUCCCAGAUGGGAUCUCAUCUCCUGGCAGGAAGAAGAGGAUGAUCCCUUUGUCCGGGGCCCUGAGGAAGGGGAGAGACCAGCAGUUGACGGCAGGGAGAGCAAUAAAAAUGGCAAACAACAGAGAAACAAAACUGAAAGUGAACACAAGGGGCAGAAUGAAUCCAGUCCUUUGGAUGAGGCUGGAUUCUAUGAAAUACCAAUACAACAAGGAUGUCUUGGAGAAAUUGAAAUAAUUCUUCAGAAUGAAGCGAAAGCGUGGAAAUGCUCUGAGUGUGGAAAGAGCUUCAGUCGGACCUCCAUCCUUAAACAACAUCAAAGAAUUCACACAGGGGAGAAGGCCUUUAUAUGCUCAGAGUGUGGAAAGAGCUUUAGUCGAACCUUCCUCCUUAAACAACAUCAAAGGAUUCACACAGGAGAGGAGCCCUAUAAAUGCCCAGAGUGUGGAAAGAGCUUCAGUUGGAGUGCCAGCCUUAAAAAACAUCAAAGAAGUCACACUGGAGAGAAACCCUAUAAAUGUUCAGAGUGUGGAAAGAACUUCAGUCAGAGGUUUGUACUUAAACAACAUCAAGGAAUUCACAAAGGGGAGAAGGCCUUUAAGUGCUCUGAGUGUGGAAAGAGCUUCCUUCGGUGCUCCCACCUUAAACAACAUCAAGGAAUUCACACGGGGGAAAAGCCUUAUAAAUGCUCAGAGUGUGGAAAGAGCUUCAGUCGGAGCGCCAACCUUCAACGCCAUCAAAGAAUUCAUACAGGGGAGAAACCCUAUGAAUGUUCAGAGUGUGGAAAGAGUUUCAGUCAGAGAUGUGAUCUUAAUUCACAUCUAAGAAUUCACACAGGAGAAAAGCCCUAUAAAUGCUCAGACUGUGGAAAGAGCUUCAGUCAUCGCCAAAAACUUAAAUGUCAUCAAAGGAUUCACACAGGGAAGAAGCCCUAUCAAUGCUCGGAGUGUGGAAAGAACUUCAGUCAUAGGUUUGUCCUUAAACAACAUCAAAGAAUUCACUCAGGUGAGAAACCCUAUCAAUGCUCAGAAUGUGGUAAACGUUUCUGUCGGACGACCUACCUUAAACAACAUCAAAGAAUUCACACAAGGGAGAAGCCCUAUCAAUGUUCAGAGUGUGGAAAGAACUUCAGUCAGAAGUUUGUCCUUAAUCAACAUCAAAGAAUUCACUCAGGGGAGAAGCCCCAUAAAUGCUUAGAAUGUGGGAAGGCCUUCAGUGAGAGGUCCAACCUUAAAAAACAUCAAAGAAUUCAUACGGGGGAGAAGCCCUAUAAAUGUUUAGAAUGCGGAAAGUGUUUCAGUGUAAGCUCGACCCUUAAAAAACACAAAGAAAUUCACAUGAGGAAGAAGCCCUAGAAACGCUCAGUGUGGAAAAGGCCUUCUUCAGUACAAACACGUGGAAUUGCGUGAAAGAACACCCAGAAGGAGGAAUCUUGUAAACGCCUGCAACUUUUGGAAUGUGGGAAGCUCUUCAAAUGGAGCACAGCUCUUCAGUUCAAAAGUUUCCAUCCCAGGAGAUACCAUGUAGCGUUCAAUUGUCCAAUGAAAU